GAAGCUAGGACCCACCAGAAACAAUUUAGCUAUAACCUACUUGUUGCUUGGAAACGAUCAACCGAAGCACUCUAUGAAGAAAUUUAUUUUAGCUAGCAGAUAGCGAACGUAACGAACAUAUGUUACAUGUUUAUUACACGUUUAUUUAGCCAGUUAUGCGUUUGUCAAUUUUAUAUCGAGGCACACAUACCUUGCGAGUCAUAUUUCUUCUGAAACGAAGGACGCAUACAGAUUUGUCAGACUGAAUUAAUACUAAUACUGUCAAAGUGUUGAAGCAGCGCAGUUAUGCCGAAGAAAGGGAAGAAGGGAGGAGGAAAGCAGGCAGCGAUGACAGAGGAGGAGAGACUCGUGUACAUGCAGCAGAAGGCUCGGGCUGAGGAGGAAAUGGCUAAAAGAAAAGAAGACAUGCUCACUCAGUUUCUCAAGGAUAAGCUGCAGAAGGAAGAGCGGAACAGCACAGUAAACCGGCACAAGUUGAUGCAACAGUGGCGUGCUGUCCUGCGCCAGACGCGUGCCGUCGAGCUGCGCACUGAUAUUGAAAUACUCAUUCAGACCUUUGAGAGAGUCCUAGACCGCAAGGACAGCGUCAUUAAGUCUUUGGUGUGUGAUAUGAGUGAAGCAGAGCAGCAGUCAGCUCUCGCACUUAGGGCUCAUCUCCAGAGCAUGGAUCGCCUGCUGGAGCUCCAGAAGGGGCGACUGGCUGCAUUAGCAUUAGAGUGGGACACUGGUCUUGAGGACCUCAACACUGAAUACAAUGUUGAGAGGGAACAGAUUUUGAUGCUACAGAAGCAAGAAACUGCAUAUCUAGAGGAUGUUACUUUUGCCAUGGAGCAGCGCUAUGCUGAAAUAGACAGCGAGGUCCGGCAGGACUAUCAGAGCACCCGAGAUGACAUCAAAAACAAGCUGGAAGGCACCAUGGAGGAGCUCCAGAAGCAGUUGCAGCAGGUGCUACACAACUACAGCGAGGCCACCAAGGACCGCCGCGUCGCUUUCGAGUCACUCCGUGCCAGAGAUGAGCACAGUGCUCAGGAGAUAGACUCGCAGAUGAGACGCUUGCAGAAAAUGCAGGACUCCAUCAGUGCUCUGCGUUUUCAGCUGAGCUCCAGUCAGAGGGAAUGCGAGGUGUCUGUACAUGGUCUCCGUGCAGCUCGAGAGGAGGUUACCCAUAAAGUCCAACAGCUCAAGGCUAAGUUCAGUCUGGCUCGAGCAGCUGAGAGGAGACAGUUAGCUAACCUCACCAUGCACAGCAGUAAAACCAUCAACAAACUACAAGACAUCAUAGGAAAGGGUGAGAAACUGUUGCGUCUAGCUGAAAUGUGUCGCAAACUGGAGACAGAGCAAGAGAAGGUGCUUCCGUUCUACACAUCAUCUUUAAGUGCUGAGGAGUUGAGUCAGGAGAGAGCACAUGCUAUGGAGGAACCAUCUGAAGAACUGGCACGGGCAAUGCUGGACUAUACCAUUCUGGAAAAGUUUUGGCAGCGUUACAACAAGGUUCUCCUGGAGCGUUUGUGCCUAGAACAGGACAAGGUGGCUUUAGUGCAGGAGAACCAGCAGUUGAGGGUUCUUCUCAAGCAGUACCUGGAUGGCAUCUCUGUUAGCGACGAGAUCUUACGACAGCGGAAUCCACUUCUCAUAGUGUCCCGCCAGUCACUACAAGCAUCAACUACUUCAGAUGCACAAACACACAAGCGGCAUACAGUGAUAGAAGCUGCUCAUGUGGUGGAGCACACAUUGUAGAGAAAUUACACACAUAUAUACAUGCAGCUAUGAGCAAAUAUAAAAUAUUGUACGAAAGACAAAGUUGGUUACUAUGUA